GCGAUGAUCCGAGACAAAAUUCAUGUCGUCCGUCGCAGCGUGGAUACAGUCAACGGCAAUGAAUCUAUUAGCUACCGUGACCUUGGAGAGGCUAUCAAGAAAUAUGUGCGAUCGAUUAUGAAAGAAUAUAUUUGUCAAAGUCCAGACAGGGUUUGCGUGGCAGGGCCCCCUGGAACUACAGGCGUUCGUGGACUUCCCGGAAAGAGAGGGCCUAAAGGAAUUAGGGGAAAAAAGGGAACGCGAGGAGUUAUGGGGCCUCCGGGAAAACCUGGAAAGCAAGGCGUCAAGGGAGAUAUUGGGCCUGAGGGGGUCAAAGGAGAGAAAGGAAACCCAGGGACACCUGGAGAACCGGGAGCUAAAGGUGAACCGGGCGAGUCUCUAUCUGCCCCUAAAGUGACUGUAUCACCUACUUCAAACACUGUUACUGAGAACCAAACCAGCACGUUUUAUUGCUCGGCCAAUGGCAAUCCAGCGCCUACUGUCACCUGGAGUAAAACUGGUAGUACAGAACUCAUUGCAGGCCGACAUAAUAAGUUGGAAAUUAGAAAUGCUACCUAUAAUGACUCGGGAAAUUACGUUUGCACGGCUAAAAGCAUAUUAGGUAGGGUACGAAAGCAGGUGAAUCUCCUUGUGGAAGUUCCUCCACGAUUCACUAAAAUUCCAAACAGAGUCAUUACAGUCAAAAGAGGUGCAAAGGCAUCUGUUUCUUGCCAAGCGUUUGGUUUCCCGUCACCGAAUAUAGUUUGGUCGAGAGGACUUGUCCCGUUACCUCAAGGUCGAACAAGUCUUAGCAAUGGAACCCUAGAGAUAUUAGACUUUGGUCCUAAAGAUUCUGGUACGUACCAGUGUACCGUAUCCAACAAGCUGGGAUCUGUCAGUGGUUUGACAAGCUUAAAUUACAAACAAACUGACUUUAAAGCUACAUUUACAAACCUUGGUGCAAGCGGAAGAUUUGGUCCAACAUCUCUUGGAGGUCACUACACAGGUCAGGAUCACGACGGACAGGUUGCACUGUCCGGUGGUAUUCAACAGUGGACCGUGCGGCACACUGGUGACUAUAGAAUAAUAGCUAUAGGAGCUGCAGGAGGGUACGAUAGAGCCAGAAACAGUGCUCUGUACCGAGGAAGAGGAGCAAGAAUGAUUGGAAUAUUCAGUUUAAACCAGGGUGAGGUCAUUCAGAUACUAAUCGGUCAAGAAGGAGGAAUAAACAAGAAUCAACGGUCUUCUGGCGGUGGUGGAGGCACAUUUGUAGUGAGGGGAGCAAACAAAUCUUUGAUUAUAGCCGGGGGUGGAGGAGGCAUAGAGAGUGCAAGUUCAAGGCAUUCAGGAUGUGAUGCUAGAUCAGGUUCAUCGGGAAAUCCUGGUUACAAAUCGUGGUCGGGGGGGAGCAAUGGACAUGGUGCACAAACGGCUGAUUCUGCCAAUUCUGGUGGCGGCGGAGGAGGUUUCUACUCCAGCGGGAGAAGCUCAAAGCAGUUUGGCGGUACCAUGGGAACAGGUGGAGAGGGUGGAAAAGGAUUUCUCCAGGGAGGGGUGGGAGGUAGAGCUAAGGUUAACAAUGCUGUUGGUGGAUUUGGUGGAGGUGCAGGAGCUUAUGGAAAUGGAGGAGGUGGGGGAGGAGGAGGAGGGUACUCUGGAGGAAGCAGUGGAGAGAAUAAGUAUGAUUCUUGUGGAGGUGGUGGAGGAUCUUACAAUGCUGGUAAAAAUCAACAAAACGAAUGUUGCUAUCGAUCAUCUGGCCAUGGUCAGGUGAUCAUAACCUUACUGUGAAAAGAAAAAAAGAAAAAACAAACACUAUCCAUGGACCGUUAAGAAAAACCCUCAGCGUUGACUAAUUAAACAGUUCAAACAGUAGAGUAUGUAAAUAUUAGCUGGCAAGACCCAAAAGUAUAGAACAUAUGAUCAUAGUGUGGUUUUGCAUAUAAAAUAAAUAUCUUUUCAGGCAUCGAUAAACCCUUAACGACUGAUUCCAUGUUAAACAGCCCUUUCCUAAGACGGAGCCAAGGGGAAAAUUACCUGUUUCUCGAGGGAACAUUCGUAAAAGGAUUAGUAUAGAUUUUUGAUAGGAGACGUUUUCCUCUCUGGAUGUCAUGCGGCCCCUAAGUAACCCGUCAGAGCUUGGUUUAACUAGAUAACAUAUUGUAUUUCUUUUUUCUAAAUUUUCAGCCAAAUAUUGAGAUAACAAUAUUUUGUAAGAGUAAGCCAUCAGAACGACCAUUUGAUUUUAGAUAGCCAUACUAGAGGGUUUUCAUACAAGGCUUUUAAAAAUAUCAUAAAGGCCAAGCGGCCUGUGUAUUUCAUUUAAAGUCAAAUAAGAAGUCAAGUGGUUCUUUCCCGUCGAUGUUUUCAUUUAACGAUAUUUCAUCUGAAGAGUGCAGUUUUCAAACUCUAGAUGAGCUUGCCUGUGGUUCUAGUAGUAUUCAGUUUGUUAUUUUACUUAAUUAAGCUGAAAGUAUUUAGCUUGUGAAUGAUCAACUCUUGCAUCGCCCUUUUUAAUUUAUUUCUUCUAGCAAGUCUACAAUUCUUAAGGUCAGAGGACACAGGAACGUACCUGUUACAUUUAUCCAAUUAUAUUUUUUCCCGAAAUAGAGGAAAGAAAAUAAGAAAGGAGUUGUGGAGUCUUUAAAAAAAAACGCUGCUAGUCAAGAAACAAACCAGUAAAUUAGGGUUUAUGCAGGU